AUGGAGACCGCCGGGGUUGCUCUCGCCGUCCUCCCGCUUCUCCUUAACCAAAUGGAUAACUAUGUCCAAGGAAUCGAGACUUUCAAACUCUUGAGAUCGAAACGCUAUCGCCGGGAGCUCGAGUGGUAUCGAACAAACCUGAAGACACAGGAGACUAUCCUAAAAAACAUUCUCUUGGGUUUGGUGAAUGGUGUGGUCGAAUACGAAGAUGAGGUCGAUGACAUGAUCAACAACCCGCUUGGCUACCUGUUGAGAAGUGAAUGUCUGCGAUCAAGCCUCCGACAGAAGCUAGGCAUCUCAUUUGAUCCUUUUAUUCAGAUGAUGACUGAGUUUUCAAACCUGCUCAAUGAUUUAUAUCGAAAGCUCGGCUGGAAAACCGGGUCUUCUGUGGUGGAUACCCGAAGGGACAAGUCUCUUCUCAAAGCUGAGCUAAGAAAGUUUAAGGACAUCUUUUCCAAGAGCAUCUACGAGGGCAUAAUGACCCGGAUCGAAACCGCCAACAGUCUGCUUAAAACCCUGGCAGAACAGGCCGACCACAGAACCAUUAUACAGAAGAUGCGAAUCACGAAGCGCCCAUUGAUACGCCAGAAAAAGGUUCGAAAGUCUGCACGCAGCCUACACAGCGCGAUCAUAUCUGGCAAAUGUUGGAAAUGUUCAUGCAGGGACCGACAUGCCGUGCAUUUCAUGCUGAAGUAUCCAGAGCUCAGCAGAAAUGAGGAGGAGAGCGAAGCUUCACCAGAUUGCCGAUUUCGAAUGAUAUUUGCAUACACGGGUACCAUAGAUAACCCUCGACUACGGGACCCUGGUCUUGAAAUCGAAACCGAAUCGGAGAUAUCUCAGUCUGAGUAUAAUCUCAACAACUGUCCUCCGCACUGCAUCACAGGUAAAAGAGCAAUUCCCAAGGAAGCUGGAUUUACAAUUCAAGGGGGAUUGCAAAAAAACUCAGUGGCUUCUCAGGCGAAUAAAGUGCCUUCUAUUCUGGAUUUAUGUGUGUCGCUCUCAACGAUCGGCGCCAGCGGACAACCAAACCAAUUAUUCGGAUGCUUCUCAGAUGAAAGUCAUCGGCACAAUAUGUACUAUAUACGGGAUAUUGCUGCAAGUCUGGAAAUGAAAUCGCUUUCUGAGUUGAUUGCGGAUUCAGGCAAUUUUUUCAAAGUGCCAACAGAUGGUCAUUUUCUCACUCAGAAGCAGCGUCUUCGACUGGCAGUGAACCUCGCCUGCAGCGUUCUCCAGUUUCACGGAAGCUGGCUUAAGACUCACUGGCGUGCCAAAGAUAUCAUAUUCAUUACAGCCGCCGACAUUGAGAAUCCAUUCGUUCGAUGGAUUGUUGGGGAUGAGGAUAAUAUGUGGGGCCUGCAUGAAGGCAAAGGCAAAGGUAGAGCGUCAUCACCCCUGAUUCAAAGCGACAUCCUGUUCCCCCUUGGUCUGGUUCUUGUGGAGCUUUCCUUAUGUCAAACACUCGAGGCGCUGCGUACAGCAGAAGAUGAGGAUCGGAUGGAAGCAUGCGCGGAUCUUAAGACGGCAGCUCGUUACGUUGACCUGGUAGCACAACAAAGUGGAACAGAGUACAAGAGGGUUGUGAAGACAUGUUUGUUCUGGCCCGGGACCGAAGAGUUUGAUUUGGAUAACGAAGAAGUACAAGAUGAUAUGUUUCGCCUGAUCAUUUCACCUCUGAUUGAGAAUCUGAAAAUAUUCGAAGGGGGAUAA